AUGGUCCAAGUGUCCGCGAAGCGCGAAGCGUGUGCGGUCUUGUUUACGCACCACAUUCGCGAUCCCCGACACGAAGCACCAGCCAUGUCGCGUUCGGCGUGUCUCGCGAUCGUCACGUCUGCAUCAACCUCGGCCCAUCGACGCGCGAUGAACGAAACCGAUCUGCACUACCCCGCUGAAGCAUGUCCGUUUUGCAACAUUGCGAGUGCGUAUCCGUUUCCUGACGCGCCGCUGUGGGAGGGUAGGAGCGAGGAACUGGGGCGGUGUGUACCGGCGGAUGAUGAGGCGGAUGUAGACAAGACGCAACCGGGGAGUUUUGUGGUGUUGAGGAGUAGGGAUGUCGUUGCUUUUUUGGACAUUUUGCCCAUGGUGGGAGGACAUUUACUCGUAACAACGCGCCAACACAAAGUCAAAGUCGCGGACAUGGGCGCCGUGGAAUCUCGAGAAAUCGGCUUCUGGCUCCCCCUCCUAGCCCGCACAGUCUCGCUCGUAACCGGCGUGUCAGACUACAACAUUGUGCAAAACAACGGGGCGCGGGCGGCUCAGGUCGUGCCGCAUGUGCAUUUCCACAUCAUCCCCAGACCGCCGACGAUGCCGGAGAUUAAGAAUAAGAGCUGGACUAUGUUUGGGAGGGGUCAGAGGGACGAUUUGGAUGAGGAGGAAGGAGGAAAGAUGGCAGGGGAGAUGAGGAGGGUGCUUAGGGGGGAGGUGGAGAGGGUGGUAGGAAGGGAGAAGCUAUGAGGGAGAAGAAGGGUUGUAUGUUUUGAUAGCGAUGUUUUGUGUCUGCUGUGUAUCUGUGGGAAGGUCCAAGGGCGAGUAAUAUUCAACGAAUUACUGGCUU